AUGAAGCAGACUCCAGCCGACGAGGACACAAAGACUGAGGGCACGGCCAUCACGCCUCCACAGGGGCCAUCUCCCGGAGCCUCAAAAAAACGUCGAGAGCGAAAGGGAAGCUGGGUGUUCUCAUCUGCUUUCGGGAACCCCGCCGCAGACCGAGUUGCCAAAAAUCCUGCAUUGCCGGAAGCGCCUUGGCCUCCCCGAGGAACCGCCCAUGUUCGUGGCCUCGACACUUCGGACAACGUUAUCGCGCCGGCUCAUACCCACGACUUUAAGUAUAAUCUUAAGCUCAAGGGAUCCAACAUCGUUGUAACGGCCGAGGAGGACAUUCUCAAAAAUUUAGCUUCGACGUUGGAUCUGCUCAAGCUGAAAAAGAUGGUCUCCUCCGAGGAUUACCAAACGCUAAAGUACCUCGGCGCCUUGUCCGAUGGGAAGGUGCCCAAUAGGAUUAUCACCACCGGAAGUCUACUCCAAGAGAUGGUCCGCCCCCGAGUUUCUGCGAGGCUCCCGCAUCCGAAGGCAAUGUCCCAAGCUGGAGAGGAUUCGGACUCUGGUGAUAAUCUCACCGUUGGUGGAAUGAGCGUGCACCCUGCACUUUUCAAGCUCUACCAGCGCUUGGGUACGACUCUCACGGCGUUCGACAUGCACGUGUGUGAGUCCUCCCCGUGGGAAGUCAAAUAUGCCCCCGAGACGGCCAGUGAAAUCCUGCAGACCGGACGCGAGAAGGAUAUCCUUCGGCAGUGGUUGAUCGAAUUGCGGACCGACAAGGUACACGUGGAGAAGGGGAAUGGGGGGAGUGGAAGUGGAAAGGGAAAGCGCAAGGGUAAACCGAAGGCUGCCGCCGUCAAGAAGAAGCGCAAGAAGAAGGGUGACGAUCUGGAUGGAUUCAUGGUCGACAGCGAGGGGGAGCAGAGUAUAAUGGAUGAAAUUACCGAUCCCGAAGAGGAUGACUGGCUCAAUCCUACCGUGAAGACAAAGAAGUCUACCGUCCGGUCCGGCGACAAGAUGAAUGAGCUCAUCGGGAAGACCAAGGACGCCAAGAAGACAAAUAGCAUUGUCAUCAGCGGACCGACUGGAUCGGGGAAGACUGCUGCUGUUUAUGCUACGGCCAAAGAACUUGGAUAUGUUGUCUUUGAGGUCAAUGCGGGGACUAGAAGGUGCGGAAAGGACGUCUUGGAUCAGGUCGGUGAUAUGAGUCGAAACCAUCUCGUGCACCAAGCCAAGAGCGCCUCGGAAACGAAUAAUCCAUUCUCGAAGGCCAAGACUGCAGCGGCCACACCAAAGGACGUCGUUGCAAAGCUUGAGGACGAGAUGCAGAUGCGUCAGAAACAGUCGCUCAUCCUCUUUGAGGAAGUGGAUAUUCUCUUCGAUGAGGAUAAGAGCUUCUGGAGCACCGUUAUCACCUUGAUGUUCAAGUCGAAGCGCCCGGUUGUCCUUACGUGCAACGAUGAGUCGCGUCUCCCUUGGGAUGAUUUGUCUCUUCAUGCCAUUUUGCGCUUCUCCGUUCCACCGAGAGCCUUGCUAGUGGAUCACCUCCUGCUGAUGGCUGCGAAUGAGGGCCAUCUCUUGCAGCGUUCCGCAGUGGAAGGUCUCGUGCAGGCUAACCGGGAGGAUCUUCGCUCAUCGAUCAUGGACCUGCAGUUCUACUGCCGCAUGGCAGUCGGAGACCGCAAGGGAGGCCUCGACUGGAUGAUCAGCAGGUAUCCCAUAGGAUGCGAUAUCGCUGACAACGGCGAGAAGCUUCGCGUGGUUAGCGAAGAUACUUACUGCCCGGGAACAGGCAUGGUGAACGAUACACAGGGCUUUAGGGAGGAGCAAAAGUGGAUGGAUGUCUGGGAAGGCUACGGGCUUGAUGUUGGUGCUUCGAAUGAAGGAAUCCGCCGAUGUGUCGAUGCGAUGCCGACGGAUGAGCGUGCCGAUAGGCUGGCUGCACUCGAGAUCUCGGAGACCUUCUUUGGUGCCAGGAGUGAUGCAGAUGCGUUUGCAUCUCUUUCUGGUUCGUAUGAUGAUCCAAAGCUAGAUUUCUCCCUUCCUAAGAGGAGCGGAAAAACAAGGCUGGACGAUCUCUGCGGCUACAGCAUCCUCCAAACGGAACCCCACAUCGUUCCAGGCUCGGUCGAGACCGAAAUCACCGUGUACACGCGCUCCCUCGCCCGCAGCUACCUCACCAGUGAAGUGCAUAAAAUGUCGCUCACGCUGCCACCCCUCAGUAACUCCACAAUCAUGGAGUCCAUCACCUCACGCCACGAGGAAGAUGGUGUCUCACGUAUGCAGCUGCAGAACCUCUUCGCCCCGCUAUCGAAAGCCGAGACCAUGUUCGCCUCCACGCCGGCGACUACUCACAGCUGCGUAUACCCAUCACUCCGCACGCUAGCUACAGAGGUCGCCCCCUAUGUCCGCAGUAUCCUGCGGUUCGACAUCAUGAUGGAGAAAGAGCGCCGCAGGGCGAGCAACCUGCUCAGUCUCGGCGGAAAGCGCAAGACCCGUGCGGCAAGAUUGGCCGUUGAGGGCGGUGAUCGCCGGCGUAAAGAGAGGUGGCUGCGCGGGCUCGGUGCAGACGUGGUAGGACGCAGUGCUGGAGAUGACUGGGUGGUGCAACCCGGUGAAGAAGAGGAUGGCAGGACGUAG